CCUCGCCGACCCGCUGCCACCGGCGCCGGCGCGCCGACGCCGCGACGCCCGGGCGAAGCAGGCCACGGCGGUGCGCCUCCGAGAGCAGAAGCGGGCCCAGUUGGGCGAGACGCCCGAGGCCGGCUACCUGGCAAGGCGCUGGGUGAAGCCAGUCACGCUGGCGAGAUAUCAGGAGUCGUUUCGGGUCUUCGCGACCGCCUUUCCGCGGGCGGCGGCGCCCGAUUGCACCAUCAGCGAGUUCGACCUCUUGCUCGAGCGCCACCUGACCAACAUGUUCUUCAGCGAGGGGGCAAGGGCUCACGAGGCGCGCAACGCGCUGCAGCGCGUGGAUGCGCCGGGCGUCGGCAUCCAGGCCGUCCUCGCCAUCGCCGUCGCGCUGAUGCGCAUGGGGCCGCUGGGACCGCUGGCAGCGGCGGCGGUCCUCCCGUCGUUCGACUCGCACGCCAGAAUCGGCGGCAUGCGCGGCCUCAAGGCGCGGGACGCGGUGCGGCCAGUGCGCGACAUGGCGAGCCCCAAGUGGGCACUCGUGUUCUUCCCAGAGCCCGACUGCGCCAUAAGUAAGACUCGCACCCAGGACGACACGAUCGUGGUGGGCGAGUCUCACGCUGACAGAUCGUGGCUGAAUUCAUUGCUGUCCCCGCUGCUGCUCGGCUGGGCGCCCGGGGACAAG